AUGAGCACAACUCAGAGGUCAGAAAGUAUGAACGCGUUCUUCGAUGGGUUUGUGCAUUCUGGUACGAUGUUGAAAGAAUUUAUCGACCAGUUUGACAAUGCUCUCAGGAAGAAGGUGGAGCUCGAGACGACAGCUGAUUUCAACUCCUCAAACCAAACCAUCCCAUGUUCAUCCGCAUUCUGCAUUGAGAAGCAGUUUCAAGCGGUUUAUACGAGUGCAAAAUUUAAAGAGGUCCAAAAAGAGGUGUGGGGAAUGAUUUUAUGUAACUGCAUACUCAUCAGCAAGGAGGGGAGCAUUUCCACGUAUGAUAUUUUGGAUGAAAUUACCACUGAUGAUGACCAUGUCAAGAGCGUCAAGUACACUGUUUACUUUAACGAGGAGGAGGUUGAUGUGAAAUGCACAUGUGCGUUGUUCGAGAUGAGGGGGAUCGUGUGUAGACAUGCAUUGAACGUUUUCUAG